AUGGCACCAUCAACAAAGUCAGGCUCCAAGGGCAAGCAGGCCAAGGUCACCCACAAGUUCAUCAUCAACGCCUCGCAACCCGCCAGCGACAAGAUCUUCGACGUCUCUGCCUUUGAGAAGUUCCUCCAGGACAAGAUCAAGGUCGACGGCCGUGUUGGAAACUUGGGCGAUGUUGUAGAGAUCAAGCAGGUCGGCGAUGGAAAGAUUGAGGUUGUUGCGCACAUCAACUUCUCUGGACGUUACCUCAAGUACUUGACAAAGAAGUUCCUCAAGAAGCAACAGCUGAGAGAUUGGCUCCGUGUUGUGUCUACCUCCAAGGGUGUCUACGAGCUCCGAUUCUUCAACGUGGUUAACGAUGAGGCUGAUGAGGAUGAUGAGUAA